AAAACGAGUGGUCGUCCCCCGAUUGUCUCUUUCCUCCGGACCUCGCAUAUACCAUAGCCGGACGAUCCACAACCAUGCUUCUCCCACAUCCAGCCCGCCUCCGCCAUGGCCGCCAAGACCCUCACUUCACUCUCCAUUAGCUGCCCUUCUCUCUCUCAACACCUCGCGAGGCCCAACCCGAGUCAGCUCCUGCUGCCUGUUCCCUUCCGUCUCAAGCGCAAGGCGGCUACCGCCGUGACGGCCAUGUCAUCCACCGCCACCAAGGUUGUCCCCGCUGUCAUUGUGGGCGGCGGCCGCGUAGGCAGAGCCCUCCAGGACAUGGGAGGCGGCGGCGACGUGCUUGUGAAAAGGGGGGAGCCCGUGCCGGCCGAUUUCGAGGGCCCCAUCUUGGUCUGCACAAGGAACGAUGAUCUCGAGGCCGUUCUCGAAGCUACCCCACGAAGCAGAUGGAGCGAUUUGGUUUUCUUCCAGAACGGGAUGCUGGAGCCGUGGCUCGAGGGUAAAGGCCUCGGCGAUGCAGACCAAGUUUUAGCUUACUUUGCUGUGUCAAAGCUCGGGGAGCCACCCGUUGAUGGGAAGACGGAUACCAACCCGGAAGGACUCACUGCAGCUUAUGGGAAAUGGGCCUCUGCCGUUGCUGGAAGGUUGCAUGCUGGAGGUCUCUCCUGUAAGGUUCUUGACAAGGAGGCAUUUCAGAAGCAAAUGCUGGAGAAGCUUAUUUGGAUUUCAGCUUUUAUGCUUGUCGGAGCGCGCCAUCCCGGAGCAACUGUGGGUGCUGUGGAGAAAGAAUAUCGUUCCGAAGUAUCGAGCCUUAUUGCAGAACUUGCAUCUGCAGCUGCCGCAGAGAAGGGCUUAGUGUUCGAAGAUGCCAUGGAGGACAGGUUAUGUGCUUACUCACGAGCUGUAGCUCACUUCCCAACAGCCGUAAAGGAGUUCAACUGGAGGAACGGAUGGUUCUAUUCGCUCUCUGAGAAAGCAGUCGCGCAAGGGAAACCUGACCCAUGCCCACUCCAUACUGCUUGGCUUAGAGAACUGAAAGUUAUCUGAGAACUUGCAUCUAUUAAAUGUAUUGCUCAAUGGAUGUAUUCGUUGUUACAUAUAAUGGUUUGUUUCCAAAGAUCUAGGUUGAUUCAUUGUGGGCUAUCGACUGCAAAUCUCACUAAAUAUAACUGAUUCCAUGCAUUCUCUUGAGGUCAUGAAAGAGGAGCAGAAAUGCAAGCAGCGACUGCUGAUUAGAGAGUGUGAAAAAAAAGUGAUUAUUCGAUCAAUCGUAGUACUGUUUCGUAGUUUCCUUUUACAGAUCUA